ACUCCCCCUCCAACAAAGAGAAAAUCCCCUAAGUUUAAGGCGUCUGCUGAAAAGAAUAACAUCCCAUAUAGUGGGGAAAAAAACCCACAAAUUGUUCAAAACUAAAGACUAAACAAUAACUGUUCCGUUGAGUAAAAAGCAGGAAGCUGCCGGAAUGGCCUAUAUUGGCAACUCUUAUUAUUACUCCUUGACGGAGACUGAUGAAGAGAGUGAAUAUGACUGUUAUUACGACUGUGACAGUUGCACAUGUGACAACUGCAUCUUUAUAAAGGACCUUCAUGGAUGUCUUUGCUGCCAAGACAUACCAGAGACGGUGACAAAAACAGAGGAUGAUGGGGUGUCCUGUAUUACUUUCCACCCAGGAUUCAAGGCUGUUGUGCUUAAUCCCUAUGUACUGGAGACAGCAUUCUGUGGCUAUCACCCACAUCAGGACUUUGAUUUCAACUAUCGAUCUUACAGAUAUACUGCUUAUCGGCAGCUUGUGAGAUGGCGUUGGGGUUACCUUGGGAAGAAUAACAGGGUGUUACUUCCAUCAUGCGCUAUUGCCAAAAUCCGCGAAACCUUCUCCCAGUACAACUAAGCCAGGCUUCAAGGAGUUAUAACUGAAGAUAUUGAAGUGCCAGUUACUACCUAUGUCUGAUUUUAUUAUAUUUUUUGCAACAUCAGAAAGCAACAUUCAGUGUAAUAUUUGUUAUUCAGUAAGAGAAUAGAUAUUUGCCAUGGUGAUUUUUGUAUGGAACUGCUGUGUUUCAACUAUGUUUCAGCCCCAUAAGCUCAAGUAUUAUCAGCAACCAUGUGCAACUACAUUUUGUUGUGCUACAAAAACAGAUCAAAGGAUCUGUAAUGGCGCAUUGAUGUAAUGUACAAAGUUAUGGCAGUUGAUACUGAAUUGCAAAAACAUCAUCUCAGUAAUUAAACUGGUGUUAUGAGCAGAA